CCACACCACAGCCAAGAUGGGCUUCUGGAUUUUCCUUGGGUUCUUCCUUUUGCAUCUAAGUACUGCGCAGCCUCCACCGCCCCAAUAUGCCCUGAUCGUGCCUGCAGUGGUGGAGAACAGCAUUUCCAAUAAGGCCUACCUGCACCUCGAGAAUCUGGAGGAGACAGUCUCUGUGAAUGUGACACUGGAGUACAACACGGAAAGCUAUCUUUUAUGGGAGGGCACUGUGACAAACAGUCACUUCUCCCACUGCUUCAAUUUCACGGUCCCCCCAGCUGGUUCUAGUGCAUUAGCAUUCAUACAUCUUUCUGCCAAAGGCUCCUCUGUCAGCUUCUACAAAAGGAAAGCAGUGGCUGUACGAAACCUAACUUCAGCUGUAUUUGCCCAGACAGAUAAGCCUGUCUACAAACCUGGCCAGAAAGUGUUAUUUAGAGUCAUUACUUUGGACACAGAUUUAAAGCCAAAGAAUCGCGUGUAUCCAUUGAUCUACAUCCAGGAUCCUCAAGGAAAUCGUGUUGCUCAGUGGCUGAAUCAGUCUGCUACCCAUGGCAUUCUCCAAAAUGAGUUCCAGACAGUCCAAGACACAACCCUGGGAACCUAUCAGCUUGUAGUGGACAAUAAACCAAGCUAUAACACUUAUCACUGGUUCAGCAUGGAAGAAUAUGUGUUGCCAACAUUUGAGGUGAACCUCAAAGCACCACAGAGGGUCUCUGCCUUUGAUGAAGAAUUAAAAGUAGAAAUGUGUGCGCGGUAUACCUAUGGCCAACCUGUCCAAGGAAAAGCCCAGCUCAGAGUGUGUAGACAACGCUAUUUCCAUCCAAGAUGUGAUCGAGAUUCCAAUGGGAUUUGUGAGGUUGUUAAUGCAGAGCUGGGCAAAGAUGGUUGCGUUUCUGAAAUGAUCAGUACCAAAGCCUUCCUCCUUUAUGCAAACCUGGGUGUGACUCGCCAUUUCUUCGUGUCCCUCCAGGUAGAAGGAGUUGUCACAGAGAAAGGAACAGGUGUCCAGAUUUCUAGCUCUAGCUAUAUCGCUGUUUACCAAGCAACAAAAUCUGUAGCCUUUGAGAACAUUGAUCGAUACUAUAAAAGACAGAUUCCUUUCACUGGAACGCUGAAACUGAGAGAUGAGGAUGGCUUGCCACUUGCCAAUGGACUUCUCUUUCUAGAAUUGGAUGGGGUGGUUGUAGCUAACUACACCACAGACGAGAAUGGUACUGCUCUGUUUUCCAUCGACACCUCUGAUCUCUUCGAGCCUCGCUACAAGUUGAGAGCAUACUAUCAACCAGAUCAGUGCACUGACUAUGGCUGGUUGGAAACAGACCAGCCAGAAGCCAUUUACCACAUCCAGCGCUUCUUCUCCCGGAGUGGCAGCUUUGUGAAAAUAGAGCCUGUGCUGGAAGAACUGCCAUGUAGCCAGCAAAGGCCAGUCACUGUGCACUUUAUCCUGAGCAAAGAUCAAUAUAAGGAUGUCCAGACUACCAAUGUUAACUUCCAUUAUAUUCUGAUGAACAAAGGCAAAAUUAUUGAUUGCAACACGCAGCAAGUGACAAUUACACCUGGGAAAUAUAGCACAUUCUCGAUCACACUGAAUGUUGAUCAGAGGCUGGCCCCAAGAGCUAGACUCCUGGUUUACUCCUUGCAGCCCAAUGGUGACCUGAUUGCUGAUAGUAUUUCUUUGGAAGUUGAAAAGUGUUUCAGAAAUAAGGUCAGCCUGCAGUUCUCUGAGAAAGAGGCAUUGCCAGCUUCGAGUGUCAGCCUCUUCCUUGAAGCUACCAGCAAUUCCCUCUGUGCCUUGCGAGCCGUGGAUAAGAGUGUGUUGCUUCUGAGGCCUGGAGAAGAUCUGUCUCCUGACCGUGUGUACAACCAGAUGCCUUAUCUAGAACUUUUUGGUUAUUAUUACAUGGGACUGGACCUUGAAGAUGACUCUAAAGAACCAUGCAUUGAGCUGAAAAAUACAUUUUUUGAUGGCAUGUACUAUGUCCCUGUGAAUGUUACCAAUGAUGGAAAUGCCUAUGAUGUUUUCCAGAGCAUGGGUCUCAAGGUUUUCAUCAACUCCACACUACAGAAGCCGGUUGUGUGCCAAAGUGACUUUGAAUGCAAGAAAAUUUCCUCUGAUGAUGAGCCUGGUGUUGGUGGUCUUGGUAGGUAUCAAGCAAAGGAAGUUGCUUUUGCCGGAUCUGCUGACAGCGUGGUGGAGACCAUGAGAUCCAACUUCCCUGAAACCUGGAUAUGGGAUAUUCUUCCAGUCGAUUCUAGCGGGAAGGCCACUCUCUCAUACACUGUACCUGACACUAUCACUGAAUGGGAAGCCAGUGUGUAUUGUCUGGAAGAAAAGGAUGGCUUUGGCAUGUCAAGGCCUGCCUCUAUGAGAGCUUUCCAGCCAUUCUUUGUUGGUGUGACACUACCCUACUCCACUAUCCAAAAGGAAGAGUUCCUUCUUAAAGCCAAUGUCUACAAUUACCUGAACUACUGCAUUGAGGUAACUGUUGCGCUGGAAGAGUCUGAGGAUUUCAAAGCAGAAAGCCUGUCAUCGGAGAACAAUCUCACAAGCCUGUGUGCAAAUGAAACAAAAUCCCAUACCUGGAGAAUUAUUCCUCAGCGGCUGGGCACCUUGAACGUCACCGUCACUGCUGAAGCCAAAGCAGGCGAGCGAACAGUGGGACGAAGGGACACAAUCAUCCUGCCACUCUUGGUUGAGCCUGAAGGCAUCAAAAAGGAGGUGACCCAGAGCAGUCUUAUUUGUACAAAAGGUACACCCAUCUCUGAGCCAAUAACCUUGAACUUACCUGAAAAUCUGGUGGAAGGCUCAGCUAGAGCUGUAGUUUCUGUCCUUGGUGAUGUUAUGGGCACAGCAAUGCGGAACUCUGAAAAUCUUCUCCAAAUGCCCUAUGGAUGUGCAGAGCAAAAUAUUGCCAUGUUCCUAUCCAACCUUGUCAUCUUGACAUAUCUGAACAACACUGGGCAGCUGACAGAUGAAAAAAGAUCCAGGAUCAUUGGGCACUUAACUAGUGGGUACCAGAGGCAACUGUCUUUCAGACUAUCUGAUGGAUCCUUCAGCACUUUUGGCAGCAAGCAAGCAGAAGGAAACCUUUGGCUCACUGCUAUGAUCUACAAAGCAUUUGCGCAGAGCAAGCCCUAUAUAUUUGUAGAUGACAAUGUCCUGAGCCAAGCACUCAUCUGGAUUGCAAGCAAACAGGAAGGAGAUGGCUGCUUCCAGCCACAAGGGAACAUCUACAACAAUGCCUUAAAGGCUGGAACAGAUGACAGAAUUGUAAUCACAGCUUACGUCACUGCUUCUCUAAUGGAAAAUGGACUUCCCCAAUCGGAUCCUGUGGUGCGGAAUGGUCUCUCCUGCUUGGCUGCUCUUUCAGACAGGGAUUUUGAAAACAUCUAUGUCAAUGCUCUCUUGGCCUAUACCUACAGCUUAGCUGGCGAAGUGGAAAAACUGAACCAUAUCUUUGAUAUCCUGCUAAAAUCUGCUACUAGAACUGGGGGUCUGGUGUACUGGGAAAGGGAGAAGAGGCCUGCAGCUGAACAGUUUUCUUCCUUCUAUCCUCGUGCCCCAUCUGCUGAGAUUGAGACCAACGCUUACAUCCUGCUGGCUUGGCUCAAACAACCCAACCUCUCCCAGGCAAACCUGACUUUUGCCUCACAGAUAGCACAUUGGAUUGUCAGACAACAGAACUUCUAUGGAGGCUUCUCCUCCAGUCAGGACACUCCUGUGGCCCUCCAUGCUUUAUCUGAAUAUGGAAUCCAGACUUUUCAAAAAGAUGCUGAAAACACAGUAGAUAUUAGUGCUGGGGAAUCUUUCACGAAGCGGUUCUUGGUGAAUAAGGACAACAGUGUCCUACUGCAGCAGGUUGCACUGCCCAGUGCCCAAGGAAGCUACAGCGUGAACGUUAGUGGCUCUGGAUGUGCCUACAUACAGACAACCUUGAGGUACAACAUCAUCCUUCCUGCACAGGCCUCUGGCUUUGCUCUAGCAGUGGAAACAAAAAAUGCUUCCUGUACAGGCAAUUUCCUGCCCAGAUUUACUGUUGUUGUGACAACCAGUUACACUGGGGAGCGCAACACAUCCAACAUGGCCAUUGUUGAUAUGAAGAUGCUGUCUGGUUUUGUUCCUGUCCAGUCGUCCCUCAAUGAGCUCCAAAACAAAGUGAUGCGAGUAGAAAUCAAGAAUGACCACGUCUUCUGUUAUCUGGAAGCUGUAUCAGCAGAGAAAAUUACUUUUGCAUUAACUGUAGAACAAACACAUGCAGUGUCUAACAUCAAACCAGCUCUAGUUAAAAUCUACGAUUAUUAUGAAACAGAUGAGUUUGCCCAGGCUGAAUAUACUACAGCUUGCCAGCAAGACUGAGUUUGAAAGCAAUGGAGAGAAAGCAAGGAAGAUCAGCUGUGUCUCUGAGAAUCACCAGUCCAGCAAUUGCCCUAACAACUUGUCAAGACUGGGGCAGCUUACUUUUUUUACUGGAAACUAGCUGCACAUUUUUAAGGUUCAAAUGGCUAUUUUGAAUAUCUUGAUUACAAAAUAAAAUAUUACUUGUU